AUCCUUCUUGGUGCCAUAUUGUACCAAGUUUUUUCUGCAUUCAAAUAAAUAAUAAAACCUUUUAAUGAAAUAAGUUAAGUACUAUUAAACGUAUUAGGGUGAGAAUUGUUUUUCCAAAUAUCAAAAAAUUCAUUGGUAGUGAACGCUUUCAUUUGUUAGAGUAAGUCGACCAAUGAGUGCGCAAUGUAUUCUCAAGCACAAAAUAGUUAACCAAUCAGAUCAUCAUUGUCACCCCUUUUUUGAACUAAAAAGAUCAACUAAUCACAACAUUGCACAUGCUCUGUUAAAACACAAAGCACUGAAUACUCAUUUCAUAAAAUCGAUAAGGAAGUGAUAAUCAGUCAGAUUUAAAAUGCACCUUCAUUAUCACUAGGUGACCAAUCAGAUUGAAGAUACAUUCCAUGUUAAUUUGUUUAAUUAGAUAUACCACACAUACUGUGUGAUAUUAUCUAAUAACCAAAUCAAUUUGGAGUUACAUACUACCACAGUGUCCGUGUUUUUUGCAUAUAUUAGUUCAGGUUGGAAUAUAUCAGAGUAACGCGUUUCUAAUGUCCACGAACAGUCGGAGCUCUUCAUUUUUUUUGUAAAGCAUUAAUGAACACUGGUGACUAGUUAUUACAAAAACCAAGACAUGUGAUUUAUAUAGCAGUAAGCUAUGGAUUUCGAAGAAAUCUUCAAGGAGGUUCUCAUUGUCGGUGGAGUUGGCUGCAAUGUUCGUUUACAAGAAAUGAUGGGUUGUAUGGCUGAAGAACGUGGUGCCAAAUUAUUUGCAACCGAUGAGCGAUUUUGUAUUGAUAAUGGCGCCAUGAUAGCACACACUGCAUGUUUGAUGUUUAAUGCUGGUUUGUGUUUCCCUCUGAACGAUUCUAUCGUCUCUCAACGCUAUCGUACAGAUGCCGUGGAUGCAGUUUGGCGUGAUGACUGACCUCAGUUGUAUAUUACUUAAUUCAAGCUUGUUUUCGCUAAAUCUUAAGAGAUUUUUACCAUGGAUAAGUUAUAUUCUUCAAGAACACAUGUGAUUUGAUUACCAGUUGAAUAUCAGCUUGAUUAUGCUGCAUCAUGAGUGGUAACAAAACUACCCAAGUCACGUUUUUCUACACGUAAUAUUCGACAACGUAACAAUUAGCCGCAGCGAUGAUACAUUCUAUCAUCCAUCCUCUUCAAUAAAACAGAUUGGUUGCUAUCGAUUUCCGAAAACUACUUGGUUGUUAAUUUGGUGAUGAGAAUUAUGGAUUAUUCUUAGGGUUCAUUAAAGGGUUGUUUUUUUUCUCAUUUGUAAUGCAGCUGUUAAAUAAUGAAUGUACAGUAAGUAUUCAGUGUUGCAUGUUCUUCUCCACUUUUAUCGUUCUUCGUUUCCCUAUUUGUUAAUCUAAAGGUACUUACUAACUGGCACUGAAGCUACAAGUUCUACAGUGAUGCAGUAGCUUACUUUAAACAAAGAGUCUCGUUCUCUAAGCCUACUCACCUUACCGACCAAGUGGUAUCGUUAUCCCUUACACAGUAGGUUUGAUCUAGAGCACUAACCACCUAUAAGUUGUUGUAAAAUGACAUUUAAAUCAUCUAUAACGCCUUUUUUUUAUAGGUUAGAUGGGUAUUCGAGGAUUGUGGUCUUACGUUAACAGCAACAGUCAAAACUUUGUUCCAUACGAGUUGCAUAAUGAAUCUUUAAUAAUUGAUGGGGAAAACUUUGCAACUCAUUGCUAUCGUAAAGCAGCAUUCCAGUGUCAAUAUGGAGGAGAGUACUUAACUUACAAAAGUUAUGUCCAAUCAAUUAUAGAGAAAUUUCGGCUUUGUCGUAUUGAACCAAUUUUUGUCUUCGGUGGAUGUCAUCCUAAAGAGGGAUCAAAACUAAACACUCUGUUGAAGCGAAGUACUGAAGGCCUGAAAAAGCUAUCAGCAAUACCCUUGAACAAUGCCACCACUUCUGAUUCUGAUCUUAUGAAUGUUGAUAUAUUACCUCGACUUUGUCGAUAUGUUCUUGUGGAAAUUCUACGGGAGUUUUCUAUUCGUUACACAGCCUGUGAGCGUGAGGCUGAUCUCUGUGUUGCACAACUUUCUAUUUAUUUGAAUUGUCCAGUUACUAGUGGAGAUUCUGACUUUUUCAUAUAUCGACCACUGGAUAAUAAUCAAGUCUACAAUUUUAUUCCUCUCUCAUCGUUUUCCUUCGAUUGCAAACGGAAAUAUUCUCCGUGUGCUGCAUGUUACCGUUCCGGUGCCCCAUGUUCUUACAUUCAAUGCUCACUUCUAAAUAAAUCUGGACCGUUUUACAAACUUCAGUAUCCAUUGUUACCAAUUUUCGCUGUCCUUUGUGGGAAUGAUAUGGCGUCAGAUAUACGUCUUCCUUCCGCAGUAGUCACUUUAACUGAAAGUUUCACUUAUGAAAUCGCGUCAUUCUAUCAAAGACGUAUUCAUGCUAUAUUUAACUGGCUUUUAAGUUUCCAUGGUAAUGUCGAACAACCUUUAACUGCUGUUUUAUCACUUUAUAACGAUCAGGAGUUGGAUAAUAUCAUAGAAGUAAUACGUCUGGGAAUAUUGGAAUAUGUCUUCAAUAGUCCUGUUGAAGACUUAGUCACUUCACUGGGUUUAACAGUUAGACAGCAUGCUUCAUUCUCUGUGUCAUCGACAAGUACAUUUGAUAAAUUAUAUAGACAGGUUCAUAUAAAUUCAUGCCGAUCUAAAGUAGAAACUGGUGUAAACUUAUUAAAAGCUUUAUUAUGUUCUCCAAAUUUUAUCUCAAUGAAAAGUAAUGAUGAGACAAGUAUAUUUUACCGCUGGCCAAAGGAAUUAACAAAACGAUUUAAACAAUUGGAAUUAGCUCCAAGUUUGUUAGAUUCUAUGUAUGUACGCAAUGGUAGUGUUUGUCGUAUUACUAUCGAAGAUUUAACGAUUCCCUAUCCGAUUACCCAUUGUGCAUCCAGCUUACUAAACGCUCAGUAUGAACUUAUAUUAGGAUUGGAAAAACACUUAAAUGCCUGUAAAAAGUUGUGCGGAAUUGAUAAUGAUUGCGUCAUCGUAUAUUGUAGAAAGUCAUGUAAUGAAAUUGUAAAAGAGAUGACCUUAGUCAAACCGAUAAUUCCACCAAGAAGUAAUGCAGCGCAAUAUUCAUUCCUAUCGUUCUUUUCACAAUUUCUUCGUGUAAAUUUAGAUAGAUAUUGUGGAUCUUCAGAAAUGCAAGGUUUGGCAGUAUUAUUAACUAUGUGGUUCAAAUCUUCUUGUGUUGCUGCUGCUGCUCAGUAUCGAGCAACUGAAAUUCGUCAAUCUCCAGUGGGACUAGCACUUGCUUGUUGUACAAUAGCCGUUCAGUUAAACUGUAAUUUACUUAGAACAGAAAAAAGAAAUGGGAAUUACGCUGAUGGUAUAUACACGCAUAUUAAUGAUUGUGCUGAUAAGGCGAAGUCAAUUCACUGCCAGAACAAUUCACCUUCUUUUUGUGUUUCAUAUGUACAUCAGCUUAAUGAAUUACAGACUAUGGCUAUUGCGUUAACUCAUUUAGUUGCACUUCUUGAUGUACUUUGUCCAUUUUAUCUAUCGAAUAUGAAUAAUAAUAAUGAUGAUUAUUUAUGUGUUAAAAAUCCUUUUAUAAGUUUUUAUCCUUUUUGGAUAUUAUUUUCUAGUGGACGUCUUUUAUAUUGGAUUAGUCGAUUGCUUCAAAAUGUAAGGCCUAAUGAUCGUUUUCGUAUAAUUCUUGAUGAAUGGCUUCCUAGAUUGCUUAUAAGAAAGAAUUCUUAUAAUGAGAACUUACGUUAUGCUCGAGAUGAAUUUAUUAAAUUGUUUUCUCUGAUUGAUAAACUAAACAAAUAAUCUUUUAAAUUCCUCUAUAUAUAUUAUUUUAUCGUCUUUUGUUAUUAUUCAAGCUUUACUGAUAAUAUUACAGGUUGAGUUAGUCUAUGAUCAACGGAUAAAGUAAUUUGAGAGAGUCCUUGUAUAUUAUCAGAUUCAAAUCAUCUGACUUGUUUUAAGAAUGUAAACUUAAGCCUCGGAAUACGUUUUACUUUUUUUUUUACUGUGUGCACCUAUGUGUGUGUGUGAUCGUUGUGCUUUACAAACUGUUGUAAAUCUAUCAUCCAAAGUCACAUGCAGAGUCUUCGACUUCAUCAAUCUGCGCUUUCAGCCAUAUACAUUAUUUUAUAUCACAUACAUGCAUUUAAAAAAAAUACAAAUUCUCUUACUGCAUUCAUGCCAAUCUGUUCUUCAUUCUAGCACAAUCAAUAUUGAAACAAAAGUCUUUAUACGAACUAGGUAGUCAUUUGUAGUGAAUGUGUGUAGGUAGAAUGUGCAUACUACCUUCAUUCAACUUGAUUUAAAAGAUGAUAACAUUACAGGAAAAAUCAGUUGGACAUAUAUCAUUAACUAGAGCCUAUCCUGCAACUUUAGUGCAAUCAAAAGUCGAAAGAUAUCCUUCUCAUGUCAACUCCAACUGUAUGUACAAAUUUACAUGGAUCUGCGGGAGCAGUUAAAUUUGGGAGAACAGAUAGAAGUGCAUACCUCCGAUUUUCUGAACAUGUACCAAAAACGCCUCGAUUUCAAGGGGACAAAUGCUUUCAACAGUACGACUGCUAAGCAUCUCCUUGACACAGAUCAUGAGGUGGACGUCGCAAGAUAGUUCAAACUUAUCAACGGGCAAAAUACUUCAACGCUCCUCAAGUUUGUGGAAGCAAUCUCCAUCAAGCAGCUGGAACCUGAUUAGUGCGAUCAGAAAGAAGCGAUUAUCAAUCCUUCCUUGUUCUGGUAACUGGAUGUUGGCGUUCGUCUCUUUCAUUUCAAUACACAAGGCCAAAUGAUUCCAUGUUCUAUCACUAACAUUCUUUGUAAGAAACCAUUACCGAUAUAUUCCUUCAAAUAAUGAAGAUGAUUUGUAGCUCAGGUGGAUGAUAUUGAAUUAGUUGUAGUUGCGAAGCUUUCGUCAUUCUUCUAAGCAACAUCUUCAGCACAGAAUUUAGUACGAAAUGAAUUCAUUUAAAUUCUCCAUGAAUGAUGUAGAUGUAUCUCUUGGCGAACACUGUCGUGACUGGUUGUUAAUUUACGUCUCAAUUGAUCAGUUUUGUUUGGAAAAAAAUCAAGGAAAGAAUAUCUAGAAUAUCCUCUUCUGCCUCUACAAAUAUAUAUAUAUAUAU